AUGAGCACUGUCCUCUUCACGGAGCACUAUCGAUAUUCUAAUCACAACAUUAAGUCCCAAUGCGACUACAGCGUCAGACCAAACGGAAAGUCACGGUCGCCUCUUCAGGAAAGUGGCUGCAAUAUUAAAGAAGAGGACAGCUGGGACUUUGGCACUGGUGCUGGGUUUUAUGUCGAUGCUACUGAAGAUCUUUGGAAAACUAACUAUAGAAUGUACUCUUACAUAACGAAGGAGCUUCCCCAACUUGUAAAUGACAAUUUUCCAGUGGACCCCCAAAGGAUGUCUGUUUUUGGCCACUCUAUGGGAGGCCAUGGAGCUCUGAUUUGUGCUUUGAAGAAUCCUGGAAAAUACAAAGCUUAUGAUGCUACCUGUCUUGUGAAGUCCUAUCCAGGUCCUCAGCUGGAUAUACUAAUUGAUCAAGGGAAAGAGGACGAGUUCCUUUCUGAUGGACAGUUACUGCCUGAUAACUUCAUAGCUGCCUGUACAGAAAAGAAAAUCCCUGUUGUUUUCAGAUUACAAGAGGGUUAUGAUCACAGCUACUACUUUAUUGCAACCUUUAUUGCUGAUCACAUCAGACAUCAUGCAAAAUAUCUGAAUGCAUGAAAAACUUCAGAUAAGAGAAUCUCUUCAGGAUUAUAAAAUUAUAAUAAACAGAAUUGCAAGGAAAUAAGAUUUUAAAACUUUGGAUUUCAUAAUGCUAAAAAUGCUUCAUUCUGUAGUUGAAUCACUCACUGAAUAAAUAUAUCAAA